CGUCCUCCGGCUGCCGACAUGGGCGAGAGGCUGGAGCUGCGGCUGAAGUCGCCCGUGGGAGCCGAGCCCGCCGUGUACCCCUGGCCGCUGCCCGUCUACGACAAACACCAUGAUGCUGCUCAUGAAAUCAUUGAGACAAUUCGGUGGGUCUGUGAAGAAAUCCCAGAUCUCAAGCUUGCCAUGGAAAACUAUGUUUUAAUUGACUAUGAUACAAAAAGCUUUGAGAGCAUGCAGAGACUGUGUGACAAGUACAACCGAGCCAUUGACAGCAUCCACCAGUUGUGGAAGGGCACCACGCAGCCCAUGAAGCUGAACACCCGUCCCUCCAACGGGCUCCUGAGGCACAUCCUGCAGCAGGUCUACAACCACUCGGUCACCGACCCCGAGAAACUCAACAACUACGAGCCCUUCUCGCCCGAGGUCUACGGAGAAACCUCCUUCGACUUGGUGGCCCAAAUGAUCGAUGAGAUUAAAAUGACAGAGGAUGAUUUGUUUGUUGACUUGGGCAGUGGUGUGGGGCAGGUGGUGCUUCAGGUGGCUGCAGCCACAAACUGCAAACAUCACUAUGGAGUGGAGAAAGCUGAUAUUCCAGCCAAGUAUGCUGAGACGAUGGACAGAGAGUUCAGAAAAUGGAUGAAGUGGUAUGGGAAGAAACAUGCAGAAUACACACUGGAAAGAGGUGACUUCCUCUCAGAAGAAUGGAGGGAGAGGAUUGCAAACACAAGCGUUAUUUUUGUGAAUAACUUUGCCUUCGGGCCCGAGGUGGAUCACCAGCUGAAGGAGCGCUUUGCCAACAUGAAGGAAGGUGGGAGAAUUGUGUCCUCAAAACCUUUUGCACCUCUAAAUUUUAGAAUUAACAGUCGAAACUUGAGUGAUAUUGGCACUAUCAUGAGGGUUGUGGAGCUGUCACCACUGAAGGGCUCUGUGUCCUGGACAGGGAAGCCAGUCUCCUACUACCUGCACACCAUUGACAGAACCAUACUUGAAAACUAUUUUUCUAGUCUCAAAAAUCCAAAACUCAGGGAGGAACAAGAGGCAGCUAGACGUCGUCAACAAAGAGAAAACAAAAGCAACACAACGACUCCAACGAAGGUCCAAGAAAACAAGGAUUCUGGUGCUGAAGAAGAAAAAGCUGCAGCAAAUUCUGUUAAAAAGCCAUCUCCCUCCAAGGCCAGGAAGAAGAAGCUGAGCAAGAAGGGCAGGAAAAUGGCAGGGAGGAAACGAGGGCGCCCCAAGAAAAUGAACACGGCGAGCACUGAGCGCAAGACCAAGAAGAACCAAACUGCACUAGAAAUUCUGCAUGCUCAGACUGUCUCCCAGACAUCUUCAUCCUCUCCUCAGGAUGCCUACAAGUCACCUCAUAGCCCAUUUUUCCAACUACCUCCUAAAGUGCAACGGCAUUCGUCCAACCAGCUCCUGGUGACACCCACCCCCCCUGCACUACAGAAGCUGCUAGACUCAUUUAAGAUCCAGUACAUGCAGUUCAUGGCAUACAUGAAAACUCCUCAGUACAAAGCAAGUCUGCAACAGUUACUGGAGCAGGAAAAGGAGAAGAAUGCUCAGCUGCUGGGGACAGCCCAGCAGUUGUUCACCCACUGCCAGGCCCAGAAGGAGGAAAUCAAACGCCUGUUCCAGCAGAAGCUCGAUGAGCUGGGAGUUAAAGCUCUGACGUACAACGACCUGAUCCAGGCUCAGAAGGAAAUCUCUGCUCACAACCAGCAGCUGAAAGAACAGACAAAACAGCUGGAGAAGGACAACAGUGAACUCAGGAACCAGAGCUUGCAGCUGCUGAAGGCUCGCUGUGAGGAACUGAAGCUGGAUUGGUCAACGCUGUCACUGGAGAACUUGCUGAAAGAGAAGCAGGCCUUGAAGAAUCAGAUUUCUGAGAAGCAAAAGCACUGUUUGGAACUGCAGAUCAGCAUCGUGGAACUCGAGAAGAGUCAGCGGCAGCAGGAGCUGCUGCAGCUCAAGUCCUACACCCCCUCAGAGGAGCCCCUGCCAGUACAGCUGCACAGCAAAAGCCACCUGAGCCGUGACCCUGAGGCUGAGCAGGGCAGGUUCCAGCUGGAACUGGAGUACUCCAAGUUCCCCAUGCCCCACAUGAAUGGCAUGAGCCCCGAGCUGUCCAUGAACGGCCACGCCACCCCCUACGAGCUGCAGCACGCCUUCAGCCGGCCCUCGUCCAAGCAGAACACCCCCCAGUACCCCAACUCCCACCUGGACCACGACAUUGUGCCCUGCACCCCCAACCACAGCAGCAGGCAGAAGGCAGACAAGGUGACCAGCCUGGCCCUCCCUGAUUACACCAGGUUCUCCCCUGCUAAAAUCGCCCUGCGCAGACACUUGAAUCAGGACCACGGAGUCAAUGGAAAAGCCACAGCUAAUGAGAUCCAGAGAGCUGAGCAUGUCAAAGAGAAUGGCCUUACAUACCCAAGCCCUGGAAUUGCAAAUGGCAUCAAGCUGAGUCCUCAGGAAACUCGGCCCUCCUCCCCCGCGGCCUUACCCAGUGCAGGAGAGAAGGUUUUGAGAGAGAGAAGCUCUGUGAGUAAUGGAGAAACUAUCACCAGCCUCCCUAUCAGUAUUCCUCUGAGCACAGUGCAGCCCAAUAAACUCCCUGUUAGUAUCCCUCUGGCCAGCGUAGUCCUACCUAGCCGUGUUGAGAAGGUGAGAAGCACACCCAGCCCAGUUCACCAGAGCAGAGACUCAUCAACACUUGAAAAGCAGAUUGGUGCUAGUUCUCAUAAUGGCAUAAGCAAUGCUGCUGGAAACAAGCCUCUGGCUUUGGCUACCUCAGGUUUUUCUUACUCUUCUGGCUCCGUGGCAGUCAAUGGAAAUCUUACAAACAGCCCAGCCCAUCUUAACCAUAGUGUUGAUCAGGCAGCUCUGGACGACUCUGGGAGUCUCUUUAACUCUGUAGGGUCUCGGAGUUCCACUCCACAACAUCCUUUGCUAAUGAUGAGGAACUCUGGGCAGAACUCCCCUGCUCAGCAGCACUUGAGCCCCCGCUUAGGUGGCCCGGCCCAGAGCCUGGCAGGGGGACUGCAGAGUGCAGAGGCUCAGAAGAUCUUUGCCGAAGCAACAAAGGGGGACCCGCAGUGUGAUGCAGCCUUUUCAGAUGCCGAGAACGAGGCCAAGAGGAGAAUCAUCUUUACAAUCUCUCCUAAUACAGGACAUGUAAAACAAUCCCCUUGCAGCAAGCACAGCCCCGUGGCAGGCAGCUGCCAGGCCCACGGGCAGGACGGGAAGAAGCGGGGCCGGCGGAAGAGAUCGAACCCGGGCAGUGCCAGCGGCAACGGCGCCGUCUCCCCGAAACGCAAAGCGCUGCCCUCGCUGGCCGGGCUCUUCACACAGCCCUCGGGGUCACCCCUCAACAUCAACUCCAUGGUCAAUAACAUUAACCAGCCCUUAGAAAUAACAGCCAUUUCCUCUCCUGAAAACUCCCUGAAGAACUCUCCUGUUCCUUACCAGGACAAUGACCAGCCCCCAGUGCUGAAAAAAGAGAAGCCCCUCGUUCAGAGCAACGGUGUCCAUUACUCCCCCCUGACAUCGGAUGACGAGCAGGGCUCUGAGGAUGAGCACAAUAGCAGCAGAAUUGAGAGGAAAAUUGCAACAAUAUCAUUGGAAAGCAAAUCUCCACAGAAGACUGUUGAAAAUGGUGGCAGCAUAUCGGGGAGGAAACAAGCACAAAGCAACGAGAACAUGAACAGCAGCAAAUGGAAAUCGACUUUUUCACCGAUAUCUGACAUCAACCUGACCAAAACCACCGACAGCCCCUUGCAGGCCGUGUCAGCUCUGAGCCAGAACUCCCUGUUUGCCUUCAGGCCUUCCUCCGAGGACGGGCUGCCCAUGGACACCAAGGUGCCAGGACACCCCAGGAAGAGCCUGGCAGUGCCCUCGGAUGGGCUGAGCCCUGGCACAAACCCCCCCAAUGGCUUCAGCUACAACGGGGGCCUGUCCUCCGAGCUGGGCCUGCACGGCUUCAUGGACGGCGCCGCUCUCCCUCACAAAGCUGGGGAUGGUUCCAACUGCUCCCUGGGCUUCCCCUCGCAGCGAGGCAAGGACCUGGGGGUGUCAGACACCAACCUGUUCCUGAACAAGAGGCAGCUGGAAGCUCUGGGCACCAAGGGAGAAGAGCUGAGCCGGCCGGGGGUGAAGGGCAAGGAGCUGGGCGAGCUGAGCGCCCGAGCCGGGGGGGCUGUGGAGAAAAACUCAGUGCAGCACAACGGGAAGGUCGGCAAGGGAAGGGACCGAGACGUGGAGUUUAAAAACGGCCACAACCUUUUCAUUUCUGCUGCUGUUUCGUCUGGUGGCCUUCUGAAUGGUAAAAGCCUUUCUACUGCUGUUUCCUCAGCAGGGAACCCAGCGCCGUCUGUCCCGACGCACCAUCCCUUCCUCAACACUCUGACCACUGGAUCACAGUUCCCCCUCGGCCCCAUGGCCUUGCAAGCAAACCUCAACUCGGUGACAAAUUCCUCAGUAUUGCAGUCCUUAUUUAAUUCAAUGCCAGCUGCUGCCAGUCUGGUCCACGUGUCAUCAGCUGCAACCAGACUGACUAAUUCUCACACUAUGGGGAACUUCUCUCCUGGGGUUACAGGUGGAACAGUUGGAGGUAUUUUUAACCAUGCGGUGCCUUCUGCCUCCUCUCCUCAUCAGUUUGGAGCCAGUUUCAGCAGCAGUGCUGUCUCUAGCAGCACCGUGCUAAGCUUAAACCCUCUGCAGGCUGUUGCCAGCACCUCAUCCUCAUCCUUCCCACCCUCUUCCUCUAAUUUAGUAACAUCUAGUGACACUAGACCUGCUCAGCACCUCAACAGAGCUCCAGUGCAAUCUGUCUUCCACCCCCCUCCACCUCCUCCUAACGUGUCCUUGCCUCCCCCUCCUCCUUUACUCGCUUCUAACUCCGAGCCUGCUCUCCUGCAGAACCUGCCCUCCAUCCCUCCUGGCGAGACGUUCCUGCCCGCCUCCUCCUCCUCCUCCUCCUCCUCUUCCUCUGUCCAGUCUAACUCUUCUUUGUCUCUCAAACUGGCUUCUCUCCAGCACAAACCCUCCCGCCCCUCCUUUACCGUGCACCACCCGCCCCUGCCCCGCGUGCUCCCGCAGCCCAACGCCGCUGGCACGGCCGCUAUGUGGGUGACCCUUGGCAUGCAGCCUCCUUAUGCUUCGCACCUUUCGGGGGUUAAGCCACGAUAAAGAGCUUGCUUAGCUAACAGUUCUUGUUUUGUAAGGUAAGGCCAGACACAAAACCAGAGGAGUUUGCGGGCGAGAUGCUCACUUGACGCUUCUUCCUUUGCAGAGAGAGAGAGAGAGGUCGGGGCUCCGUGAAACAGGAACCUCUGAAACGGGGAAAAUGAGCCCUAAAAUGGGGGAGAGAAACCUCUGAAAUGGGGAGAGGAAUCUCUAACAUGUGGGGAUUGAAAUCUCUAACAUGUCCGGAUUGAAAUCUCUAAAAUGUGGGGAUUGAAAUCUCCAAAAUGGGUGGAUUGAAAUCUCUGAAAUGUGGGGAGCGAAUCAGCUGGUGGCAGAGGAUGGGGAAAAUGAGCCCUAAAAUGGGGGAGAGAAACCUCUGAAAUGGGGAUUGAAAUCUCUAAAAUGUGGGGAUUGGAAUCUCUAAAAUGUGAGGAUUGAAAUCUCUAAAAUGGGGAUUGAAACGUCUGAAAUGGGAAUUUGAGAUCUCUUAAAUGUCCAGAUUGAAAUCUCUAAA